AUGGGUUCCUGCAUUAGCAAAUGCACACCCAAAAAACACUUCCUACAACAAUUCAACAAUGUCCAAGACAAGUUGAUAAUUUCACAGCCUCCUCCUAGGAUCACCAUCCCUCCAAUUUCUGCUUCCAACAAAAUCUCACCUUGUCCUCAAUCCCCUUCCAACUCCACUUCCUCUGCCUCCUCCUUCCCUUGCACCACAAGCACUUCCUACACAAGCGCUUCCUCCUUGAGCUCAGCCUUGUCAAGUGCUUCUUCGGCCUCCAGCUCGAAAAUUGAUCGUUCUUUCUCCAACGAGUUCUUGUGGUCGUGUUACAAGGAGAACCCGCAUGUCAUUCGCAUUAACUCGAUCAAAGAUGCAAGCUUUUCGAGAUUUUCCCCAUCGGCAUUGCCACAAAAGCCGGUUUCUGCCACUGUAGUGAACAAGAAGCCGCUGCCGAACCUUAAAAGGGCAAAUGUGUCAGUUACACCACAGAAGAGAGUGAGAUCAAGCUCACCAAAUUCUCUAGGAAGGCAAAAGAGCUUCCGAAAAGAGCCAGAGAGGCCUAUGAUCUCUGCAUAUUCACAUCCAAGUAGAACUUUGAGGUCACCCUCCCCAAGUAGAAGGUUCAACAUGCCAAUCCCACCAAAAGAAUUAAAUCAUUUGAGACCUAACAGUGCAUUGAAUGUUAGGCCUGCAGGUUCAUAUUGUUGCGCGACGGACCAGCGUGAGGCCGGUACUAAAUCCACAUCCAAGACUUGUAUCGAGCCACACAACCCCUACGCGAAUUACAAUAAUUCGAGCCGGCGACUUCGGCCUUGUUUGAACAGCAGAGAAACAGAGAUGAGAAUUCACAGGAUCACCUCUAAAAUCGAUGAGGUUGCAGCUGGAGAAGCACUGGCUGACUAUAUGGACUCUCUUCCUGCUGAGGACAUUGAUAACCCUUUAAUUUCUCUUGAUUGUUUUAUUUUCUUGUAG